GUUUGAAAGCUGCUCAGUCAUUAUCUCAUUAUUAUUAUUUUUGCAAUUCAGACCUUGGUCAUACAAGAGUUUGGCAUCGUGGGGUAGUGCCCUCAUAUACAAAACUAGAUCACCAAUACUUAGUACAGCUUCAUCACGCUAGUUCGUAGCAUUCGCAAUGGCCACGAGCACCGCCGACUUCCCUCUGUCGACAGAAGACCCAUACCCGGGAGGCAGUACCCCGGGAGGCGCUGUAGAUGAUGCAGCUGGAGCAGCAGGUGCAAGUCCUGGGGCAGCUCAGCUCUCACACGGUGCUUUGAUUGCUAUAAUUGUCGUGGUGGCAGUCGUUGUCGUUGGCGGUAUCUCAACUGCUGUCCUUUUCUACCUGGCUAAGAAGAGGGAGUGGAAAGUUCGGGAGAGCAUCAGGCGGUCAGCGAGAAAGGUAGUGACCGCAUUGACACCUCGUCGAUCAGAAUUUCCAAAAUCCGUCAAAGAGUCAUCCGGCAGAUCAUCUCGGGGACGUGUUCGCUUGGAAGACGUACCCCCAACCCCAAGACUUCGCCCUGAGGAUAUUGAGAAGGGGUUGGCCAAAUCGACUGUCCGACAAAGUCCUGAAGGGCGGGGCAACAAGUGGACGAGAAAAUAAAUCAGCUACAAAUGCGCCUGGAGCGGUGGGCCAAAGAAAUCAACGGGAAUUGAUAGAUGGGUAUCAUGAUUUAGUCUCCAACGC